GAUGGCACAGCAGUGUGAACAAACUUCACAAAAUACUCUGAUACUCAGGAUGCUACAUAAGGACUAUGGUGGGGCGCACAGGAGCAGUGGAAUGCUUCAGCCAACCUUCAGAAGAUGGUAUUCUAUAACAUCCCUGAAAACUAUCCCGGAGCUGUGCAGAAGAUGUGACCCUACAAAUGAAGACAGAUCAGUUUCCAGCAACACGUGGAGCUGUGGAGUGUCGUCUCUUAUUGGAAACACACAGAAACCAACUGGAAUUGCAGAUGUAUACAGUAAAUUCAGACCUGUAAAGAGAGUUUCUCCAUUGAAACACCAACCAGAAAGUCCUCAAAACAAUGAAAGUGAUGAUCAGAAAGAGGAAAAGGAAGAAAAUGAAAAGAAUGUUGAGUCUGAGAAGAUCCCAGACAGUGUUUCGGAUGACAUUGUAGGCUUUAAAAGUAAAACUAUCCAACCAAGCGUCUUGCUUGGAGAGUUAGAACAUUAUGACCUCGAUAUGGAUGAGAUUCUGGACGUGCCUUACAUCAAGUCUAGCCAACCCAUGACUCUCUUCACUAGAGUAGCUUCAGAGAAACGGACUUCUAGCAUUUACCCUGGCAAAGCAAAGGCUGGUCCUACAGGGAACCUAGAGAACCUGUCAGCCAAUGCCACUCAAUUUUGUGUGUUGUCUCCUGUUAAGAACUCAGGACAGCCUUCAGUCCUUGAUCAGGGCAGGCAUUCGUCUGGGGGUUUAGAGCACUCUCAGUCUAGCAUUCAGUGUAGUUCAGUCCAUGAAUCUGAAUACCACAGCAACGGCUUCCUGAAUAGGACACUGUCUGAUUCCAAUGCACAGAAAGGUGAAAAAAGCAUGCCAAACGGCCAGCUCAGGGCUUUCCAUUUGCAGGCUGCCACUGCAGACUCACAACUGGAUGGAUUAAAUGGGAAUCUAAACUGGAGCUACACGGAGGGUGAAGAUAUGAAAAAAAAUAAGAGCAUACUAAAUAUUGUCAAAGAAGGGCAAAUAUCUUUACUGCCUCACAUUGCAGUUGAUAAUUUAGAUCAAAUUCAUGAUGAGAAUGGAAAUAAUCUUUUGCACCUUGCUGCGUCCCACGGACACGCAGAAUGCUUGCAGCAUCUCACAUCCCUGAUGGGAGAAGAUUGCCUAAGUGAGAGGAAUGACGAGAAACUGACUCCAGCCGGUUUGGCGAUAAAGCAAGGUCAGCUGGAGUGCGUGCGCUGGAUGGUGAGCGAAACAGAAGCCAUUGCAGAGCUAAGUUGUUCAAAGGAUCAUCCCAGCCUUAUUCACUAUGCAGCCAGCUAUGGCCAGGAAAAAAUACUACUGUGGCUUCUUCAAUUUAUGCAAGAACAGGGAAUUUCAUUGGAUGAAAUUGACAAAUGUGGAAACAGUGCUGUUCAUGUAGCAUCCCAGCACGGAUACCUGGGGUGCAUCCAGACAUUGGUUGAAUAUGGAGCAAAUGUGACCAUGCAGAACCAUGCAGGAGAAAAGCCAUCUCAAAGUGCAGAGCAUCAUGGUCAUACAAUGUGUUCUAGAUACCUUGUAGUGGUGGAAACGUGCAUGUCUCUCGCAUCUCAGGUCGUAAAACUCACCAAGCAGCUGAAAGAGCAGACAGCAGAGAGGAUCACUUUACAGACGCACCUUCAACAGCUACUGGAAACACAGAGAGUGGAGGGGAGAUCACUGCCAACAUCCCCCAGUACCCCGUCUUCUCCUAAUUCGAGCAAUAUCCAGUGGAAACCAACUGAAUCAGAAGAUUUGACUAAGAGUAAGCUGAAUGGUAUUCAUGAAAGCUAUCAAACACUUGGAACAUCAAUUCCAAGCAGGCUACGUUGUAGAACACUAGAUGAUGAGUCUGACAAGAUUUUACGCCAGUUAUUGGGGAAGGAAAUUGUUGAGAAUGCCUCAAAUUCAGAGAAAUUGUCCCUAGAGUUUCAGGAAGGCCAAAACACUAGACUUGGCAAAAAGAUGCCACCCGAAAGGAGAGAAUUCAAGUUGGCACGCUUAAGACAACUCAUGCAACGAUCUCUCAGCGAAUCUGACACAGACUCAAACAAUUCAGAGGAUCAAAAGAAUACUCCAGUCCGAAAAAUUGACAAGCCUAGACCUCAACCAAUAGUAGAAAAUGUGGAAAAUGCAGAAAAUCUUCAGCUUAUGAUAAAAAAGCAUACUCAGUCAGGCAAUGCCAAUCGGAGGUUUCCAUUUGCAUUGAAGGCAUCCAAGUCUGUGGAUGGUCACAGUCCAUCCCCUACAUCUGAAAGCAGUGAUCCAGACUAUGAACAGUACCAAAUGGGAGGCAUGUCACAAUCUUUAGGUUCAGGAGAUUCAUCAAAUUCUCCGUCAAACAGCUCCUCAGCUCAAAAAACAACCAGCCCUAAAAGUGCUCUAAAGUCACCUUCUUCAAAACGAAGGACUUCACAAAAUCUGAAACUUCGAGUAACUUUUGAGGAUCCUAUAGUUCAGGUUGAACAGACUGAAGAAGAACCAAAUACAGAAAAAGACAAAGAUGGUGGUAAACCUCAAAAAUCUUCAACUAGUGACAUUGGUGACCAACAAAAAAGACCUUUUGGAGCAUUUCGUUCAAUCAUGGAAACAUUUAGUGGCAACCAGAACAAUAACAAUAAUUGCCAAACAUCUAAUGUAGCCAAAACAUCAUCCUCUCUGCCCUUUACCUCGUUAGGAAAAAAAUCAUCCGAUGCAAAGACAAACUCUUCAAACAUGACGAAAGGAAAGAAUAAAUCAGGUGAUGGAAAGCGAAGAGCUGUAAAGAGGACAAGCCAAGGCACUCAAACAGAUGAAAACUGAAUGUAGUCAGCAGGGAAAGGAACAAUUAUCUCCUACUGUAAAUGACACUACUUACUUAAUACUACAACUUAACACACACAUGAAUUACACAAAAACACUGCGUAUGGCACUUUACAAAUGUGGAAAUUACUUUCUUCACUUAUUUCUUCACCUGGAAAAAGAAACAGUUUUUCAUUACUGAUUAUCGUCCAUAUGAAUUAAAAAAAAGAAAAUCUACAGUGAUAGUAUAUGGCAAAAUUACAGUUAAGGUGGUAAAAAAUGUACAACUUUAAGAAACAAGGUAAACCAUGUACAGGAAUUUCCCACUAGUUUUUUUACUGCUUCGGAGAAUAGAGUAACAUUGCCGAAAGAACUAUGAAAUUGUAGAAAAUACGUACAGAGAAGUCAGCAUUGACACAGCAUACAGCAGAAGUACUUAAAAGGACACUAUAGGCAACAAAACAACUUCAGUGUAAUUAAGCAGUUUUGGUGUUCAGAUCAAGCACCUGCAGUCUCUCUGCCAUUUAGAAGUUAGAUUACUUUGUUUAUAGAGCCCUGGUCACACCUCCCUGCAUGUGACUUGCAUGGCCGUCCUAAACAUUUCCUGAAAAAUAACUAAUAUAUAGACAUGUUAGGUACCUGUAUUGCUCAGUCUGUUUAAUAUAGAAUUUCCUAUCUACUGCUUUAUUAAUAGCCUCCUAGAACCUGCAGGAGACUCUUGUGUGUGAUUAAACAUCAAAUUACAAAGCGGGAGAUAAAAACGUUUAAAGCAAGUUGCAGGGACACUGUAGUCACCUGAACAACUACAACUGAAUGUAGUUGUUUUAGUGAGCAUAGUCAGUCCAUGCAGGCUUUUUGCAGUAAACACUGUCUUUUCAUAGAAAAGGCAGUAUUUACAAUACAGCCUAGAGACACCUUCAGUGGCCACUCCUAAGAUGGCUACUAGAGGUGCUUCCUGGGGCAGUGCUGCACACUGUGCAGCACUGAGAGUCAGUGUCUCCCCCCUUUGCAUGGAGAGACUGAACUUUCCUCAUAGAGAUGCAUCCUCCUUAGCUGAGUUAUUAGAAUUGACAAUCUCAGCCAAGCCAAUACUUUCCUAUGGGAGAGCAUUGUGAUUGGCUGAGAUCAUUAAUUCUGAUAAUGUCAGCCAAGGAGGCAGAUAAGGGUCAGAACCAGCACCAACAGACUGGAAUAAAGGUACGAUUUUACUAUAUUUAGGAGGCCAGGUGGCUAGAUUGUGUUUUUAACACUAUUGGAUCUGAAAUAGUGAAUUGUUGGGAAUUCAGGUAUCAAAUGUUGGGCUACAAUAUCCAAAUUGGAAACAUUUUUCAAGUUACCUAAGUUUCCAGUGCAUCUAUUUUGUUCUAAUAACUUUGAAUUUGAAUUUGCGGCAAUACACCCAUUAGUGAAUAGCACAUCUAAUAUUACAUUACUGCUUUUUGGAAUUGUAACAUUUUAUAGUUCUGAUACAGAGACCAGAACAAAGCAUGUGUGUAGACAUAGCCCAAUACCAGCACACUGAAUAUCACAAUUAAUACACAAUUCCUGCUCUCUACUGUGGGAAUCGUCUUCAUAUCGCAGAUACAUUUUUCUGCUGUACAUUUUUUCAAAAACAACAUCUGCAGACAGUCUGGGGGCCUUUGGAAUGAUUCAGAAAACACGUAAACGUGACAGUUUAACUCUCUUGGAGUACUUUCAAUGCAUGUUCCAUCACUCUUAAUGAAAAAUAAAGAAAGAUAUUAAUGGACAUCUGUAUGUUCAAUUUUACUUCUUGCUUUACCAAAUUUCUUUAUCAGCCAAAAAAAAAAAAAAAAGGCACUGCUUUAGAAGUUUCAGUAAAUGCAAAUACAAAGCUUGGCGUUUCUAAAGAAGUGAAGACAUUUCAUUUUAAUGGAGUCGUGCUAAUACGUUUUCAAAAUGAUCUUUUGAAUGAGCUUGCGUUGGUCAGUGUUCUCAAAGUUUGAGAUCAUGAGAAAUAAAACAUGGUUUUAAGCAGAUGUAAUGUUCACUAAAACUAGGCCAAGAGCAUAUUGCAGAUGUCUUUUGCAUAUUCAGCACAUUAGCAGACUUGUCUUACAUCUGUCAGCUGCUAUAUUUCCGAGUUCAAAA